AUGGCCGACCAGGCCAGCCAGAUCUCGGACUGUGUCCCCUACAUCCCCAACAACGAGUAUGGUAGCUCGUACGAAGAGGCGCAGUCGCCCAUGAUGGGUGCUCGGCCCCGUCAAGUCCCCGAGAUUGUCACAUAUAGCCCUCAGCGUGGCUGUGAAGGUACUCGGGUAGUGGUGCAGAUUCAGUCCCCAUUUGACCUGCACAGCUCGUCUUAUGGUGCCUUGUACAUCGUCUUUGGAAGCAAGAAGUGCGAGUGCAACCCACACUUCCUUGGCUUCCAAGCCACUAACUUCCAGUACUGCCUCUCGGCUGAUGCCCCGUCAUUCAUCUCAACUGGUUCCCCCUCCGUGGCGGUCCCCCUCCAGGUCGUCCUGGAGACCCAGAGUGACUGCCCGCCCACAACCUUGCAGGUUGGUGUGUACACCUACGAGCAUGUGUCCCAGCCCUCGCCCGACGCUGAGUCAAGGAAGAGAAAGUUCUCUUCUUACUCGGACAACGCGGUGGCCGCUUCAGUACCCGCCAAGCGCACCGCAGGCCACCAGGUGGUUCCCAAGGUUGAGCAACACGACAACUAUACCUACCGUGAAAACCGCUCGGCCUCUUUCUCGCCGUACCUGCAGACUCUGCCCGCUAUGACAGGAUUCGUCACCCCGUAUCACGCUGCCUCUUCCCCUCGUGUCGGCCCUACUCAAUACUCGAGUGUCUCGGCCACUUCCCAACCAGCUCUGCGUGCUCCCUCUCCUCUCACUCCCGCCUGGAGCCCAUCUUUCAUGCCUGGGAAUGAUAUGCGGAGUCAAAGUAUCGCCAUGGUUCAUUCUAUGUCCCAGCGCCGGGGUCCCUCGCCAGCACGCGUUUCCAACACUGGCAACCCUACAUUGAUCCGCACCUCCACCUUGCAGCAGCAGUCCACCGGCCUUGGACAAAACUCCACUUUCAACCCGUACGCUAUGUACCCGACCAAGGCUGUUCUGAAGCUGAACGGUGAUUUGAACUCCAUGGCCACUGGCUGGAGUGCGGAGGAGCGUGAGGCCCAGCGCCGCCUGGUGCAGUUCACUCGCUCUCAGACUGGUAGCACGAUCAAUGCCGAGUUCAAGCCUGUGACUCUCGAGGAGCGCGCCCCCAACAGCAUUUGCAUUAGCUGCAUUCACUGGGAAGGCAAGGACGAGUGCUUCGUUACCAGUGUGGACACUAUCUAUCUGCUAGAGUCCCUUGUUGCUGUCCGCUUCACUGUCGAGGAGAAGAACCGUAUUCGACGAAACCUGGAGGGCUUCCGCCCGCUGACCGUCUCCAAAGCCAAGGCUGACAGCGAGGAGUUCUUCAAGGUGAUCAUGGGCUUCCCUGCACCCAAGCCGCGUAACAUUGAGAAGGACGUCAAGGUCUUUCCUUGGAGCAUCCUUGCCGAGGCUCUGCGAAAGAUCAUUGGCAAAUACUCCGCUAGCUAUUCAUCUACCGCAGGGGUGCUACCCACACCGAUGACAAAUUACGCCAGCCAUGGCACUGGCUCUGACUCGGGCACCGAGCCUCAUGGCGCUGGUUCCCCGCAGUCGCUCUCUGAUGCCGGCCCCGUCAGCACCUAUGGUCACCACCACGCCUUGCCUGCUCCGGUGUAUGUCUCGCAGCCAGAUCAGUCUGGUGUUUCGAUGGCUGCUGCUUCCGAUCUCCGUGUGCUGAUGCCUCCCAUCAGCCAGCCUUACUCUUCUGUCGGAGCGUACUCAUAUGCUGCCAUCUGCCAACCUCAAAAUUCUCACGGUCUGGUCGCUUCCACCUCGCGGACAUCUUGGGAGAUGCACAGUCUCGGCGCUUCAACUCCCUCCACUACCACUGCCUAUGGCUACAUGGACCCGGUGUAUCCGAUACACGAUGGACCGCAGGGUCACUGA